AAUUGAACUCAAAGGCUAAAACUUUUUGCAAAGUUCUCUUCUCUAUGCACUGCAUCACUUCCCUCUCUUCGGUGCUUGAAGAAGGAAAGAAAGGAGGUAAAAAACAACCCUUUUUUUAAAAGCUUUCUUCUUUCAUUUUUGUUUGUUGAUUCUUGGGAAAGACUAGGUAUUUCUAUGUGAAUAGAAGAUAGUGAAUUUGUAUAUAUUUGAAGAAGAAAAAAGGUGAAGGAAAAUUACCAUAUGGUAUAAUAGUGAUUAUACAAACAUGCGUGGUCUUAAGGUUAUAGAAAGGUUCAAAAGCACUCAAGUUCAUGCCUUGAAUCCACCAGAUACCACUGUUGUUAACACUACUGCCUCUUCUUCCACAUCCAGUAAGCUUGGUAAUCAUAGAGUCAACUUUAUAAGGUCAAAACUCAAAUCCCAUAAGGCCUGCUCCGUCUCAAGAGCUAAAACACUGCUUCCUUUCGGUCUCCCUAGAACUGACCUUCUUGAACCACCCAUAGAACCUCACUUGAAACCCGUUAAGUUGAUAGAAACGUUAGCCGACCUUUACCGUCGGUUCAAGGCUUGUUCAGAAUCGGGGAAAGCUUUUAUAUGCAUUGAGCAGUACUCGGUUUUGAGUAGCCUUGGUGAUCCCAAGUUAGUGAGAAGGUGCCUCCGUGCUGCGAGGCAACAUGCCUUUGAUGUGCACUCGAAGGUAGUUUUAUCAGCUUGGUUAAGGUAUGAGAGGAGAGAAGAUGAGCUUGAUGGUGUAUCACCAAUGGAUUGUAGUAGGUUCAUUCUUGAAUGUCCAAAGGCUGCCCUGGUAUCCGGGUACGAUCCAAAUUCAAUUUAUGGCCAUUGCAAGUGUUAUGAAGAGUGUACUACGCCCUCUGAAGCACAAUUUUCCGAGGCGAACGAGUUCUUGACAUUGGAAGAAGAUAGUGAUAUCUCCUUUUGUGUUGGCAAUGAAGAAAUUAAUUGUGUUAGGUUCAAAAUUGCUGCACUUUCAAGCCCAUUUAAGGCAAUGCUAUACGGGAGUUUCAUGGAGUCAAAAACUUAUAAAAUUGAUUUCUCACAAAAUGAUAUCUCUGUUGAGGGGAUGAGAGCCGUGGAUUUGUACAGUAGGACAAGGAGGGUGGACUCAUUUUCUCCCGAGAUUGUUCUGGAACUCUUAUCUUUUGCAAAUAGGUUCUGCUGUAAGGAAAUGAAGUCUGCUUGUGAUAAUCAUUUGGCUUCUUUAGUCAGUUCCAUGGAGGAUGCUUUGGAUCUUAUCGAGUACGGGUUAGAAGAAAGGGCAAAUGUUCUAAUAGCUUCAUGUUUGCAAGUGUUGCUAAGAGAGCUCCCGAGUUCUCUUUAUGACCCGAAAGUGAUGAAAAUAUUUUGUAGCUUUGAGGCUAGGGAGAGAUUGGCUUCAGCAGGGCAUGCUUCUUUCCUCUUGUAUUAUUUCCUAAGCCAGGUGGCUAUGGAAGAAAACAUGCUGUCAAAUGCAACAGUUAUGCUGUUAGAAAGGUUGAGAGAAUGUGCCAUGGAACAGUGGCAAAAGGCUCUAGCUUUGCAUCAACUGGGUUGUCUGUUGCUUGAGAGGCAAGAGUACGGAAGUGCUCAAUGUUGUUUCGAAGCAGCUAGUGAGGCGGGUCAUGUUUAUUCGUUAGUUGGUAUGGCAAGAUGUAGGUACAAGCAAGGGCAACAAUAUUCAGCCUACCAGUUGAUGAGCUCACUUAUCUCCGAGUAUAAACCUGUUGGGUGGAUGUAUCAAGAACGGUCUUUAUAUAACAUCGGGAAGGAAAAGAUUGUGGAUUUGGACACUGCAACUGAAUUGGAUCCCACCCUGCCAUUCCCAUACAAAUAUAGAGCAGUCUCAAAGGUAGAGGAGAAGCAAACUAUGGCUGCUAUUUCAGAGAUUGACAGAAUCAUCGGAUUCAAGCUUGCACCCGAUUGCCUAGAAUUACGAGCUUGGUUCUUCAUAGCAAUUGAGGAUUAUGGAAGUGCUUUGAGAGACAUUAGAGCACUGUUAACUUUGGAACCAAAUUACAAAAUGUUCCAUGGGCAAGUAAGAGGUGAUAUGUUGAUCGAGCUCCUGAACCAUAAGGUCCAGCAAGGAAGUCAAGCUGACUGCUGGAUGCAACUUUAUGAUCGAUGGUCUUCUGUAGAUGAUAUUGGCUCUCUAGCUGUCAUUCACCAGAUGCUGGUUAAUGACCCUCGAAAAAGCUUCCUUAGAUUUCGGCAAUCUCUUCUACUUUUGAGGCUAAACUGUCAGAAGGCUGCAAUGCGGUGUUUGCGAUUAGCUCGUAAUCUUUCUAGUUCUGAGCAUGAAAAGUUAGUUUAUGAAGGAUGGAUUCUAUAUGACACUGGCCAUCGUGAAGAAGCUCUUGCUAGAGCUGAGAAGUCCAUUUCGAUUCAGAGGUCGUUUGAAGCCUUUUUCCUGAAAGCAUACACGUUAGCAGACUCCAGUUUGGAUCCUGAAUCUUGUUCUUAUGUUAUUCAGCUUCUGGAGGAAGCCCUUCGAUGCCCUUCAGAUGGUAUCCGGAAAGGACAAGCACUCAAUAAUUUGGGCACAAUACUUGUGGAUUGUGGUAAAUUAGAUCAAGCUGCAACCUGCUAUAUGAAUGCCCUUGAAAUCAAACACACAAGAGCUCAUCAAGGCUUAGCACGUGUAUAUUUUUUAAGAAAUCAGCGGAAAGCUGCAUACGAAGAGAUGACCAAACUAAUAGAGAAGGCACAUAAUAAUGCAUCGGCUUAUGAAAAACGAUCCGAAUAUUCUGAUCGUGAGAUGGCAAAGAAUGAUCUCAACAUGGCCACAAAACUGGAUCCACUAAGAACUUACCCCUACAGAUACAGGGCAGCUGUGUUAAUGGAUGACCAAAAAGAAACCGAAGCAGUUGAUGAGCUUACAAAAGCCAUAGCUUUCAAGCCUGACCUGCAAAUUCUUCAUCUUCGAGCGGCGUUUUACGAGUCAAUGGGUGAUAUGAAGUCAGCUCUCCGUGAUUGUGAAGCAGCACUCUGCUUGGAACCGAACCAUAUGGACACGAUUGAUCUAUAUAAUAGAGCACGAGACCAAGCCAUCAAUCCACAAGAAAUGUAAGAGGCAUCAUUGCUAUUACAUUUCUGAUAAACUUGUUGAUUUAGCCUUCGGUUAAAAGGAAAAGAAUCAUGGAUUCUUUCACACCUAGCUUCUGAAUGACUUCACCAUGAAAAGGAAAAACCCGGUGGGAGCUGCUUGCAAGUUUUGAGCAGCCUUAUAGAAUCAGGUCUACCUUGCCACGCAAGAAACGAUUUAGACAUGUAGGUUAAAAGGGCUUACACACUAUUCAUUGCUUG